AUGGAGAAGGGCGCGGGCACGCGGCGGCGGCGGCUGGUGGAAAGGGGAUCGGAUCGCCUCGCCUUCAUCACCGGCCAGACGCGCAGCCUCUCCUGCGACCCGAUUCCAGAUUCACUGCUUCGUUCAGAGUUUGAGGGUGGCACUGAUGAUGGGAAGUUCAGCGAGAGAAAUCAGUCGCAAAAGUCAGAACCUAGCGACCUGGUACCUGAAUUUCAACGUCCUGGUAUUCGCCAAGGAGUUAAGGCUAGAACCUUAAGCUAUGAUGAUCUGGUACCUGAAUUUCAACGAGCUGAUGGUCGCCGAGAAAUCAAGGCUAGUACGUUGAGCUAUGAAGAUGAACUUUUCCGCAAAUUUAAAACGGGCAGUGCAGUCCCUGAAAUUCAGCCAGUAAAUCAAACGCCAUUGCCUACUCAUGAUCAGGAAACUGUUAGUAAGAAUACAAGCCAUGAUGGAGUUAGUAAGAAUACAAGUCAUGUUGGUGUUAGUAAGAAUACUAGUCAUGAUGGAGUUAGUAAGAAUAGUAGUCAUGAUGGAGUGGCAAGUGUCCAACCUAGCAGAGAAGUGGAAAUGAGACCCAGAUCUGCACCUCCAAGCCAGUCGAGCCAAGCGGACAAUUCAGGUUGGUCUGUGGAAACUCUGAAGGAACUUUUAGACUUCACGCCACAGGAGAUAACCAAGGCCAUAUCCGCGACUGAGACUAACCGUUUCUUAGCAUCUGUCGCCAUUGCUUUCCUGGUGGUUCUUUCAAACUGGGGCCUGGACAUUGGUGGCGCCAUCACCAGAGUAUUAGUUGGUACAAGGCCACUUCUAUUUCUCAUUAUAACCAACAUCACCAUUGUCUUCAAAUUGUUGAUGGAGAACAAGGACCCCAAUGUGAGAAGCAGACCGAUUGGCGCCAAUCUGGGUUCUGCUGAUAGCUUAGGGCAGAUGCUAGAGAUCGGGUUGCUGCUACAGAAAGCCCUAGGUGCUCUGCUGAUUGACUGCAGCGUUUGCGCUGUUAUUAUGAUCUGUUUUCUUGGAUUCUGA